AUGUUUUAUCAGAGCUUUUAUUGUAGAAAAUCGGAACCAAAGCACUGAAAAAGUUUGUAUAUUUUUCUGUUUUUAAUAAAUGCAUUUUUUUUUUUUUUUGGAAAACCUGAUGCCCAGCCUUGCCCAGACCCUAGCUCCAGUGGCCCCCAGGUAAAUUGAGUUUGAGACCCCUGUGUUAGAGUGUAGGGUUGGAAAUAUCGGAUAUCGGCCAACAAGCCAAUGUCGGACAUCCCUAGUUUGAUCAUUUUUUUUGCUUUUUUUGGAAUUGCUUCGCAGUUACGAUAAGUGUGUUUUACUUUUUAAAUGUAUAACAAGUUAGCUAACCUUAGCCAUUCUUUCAAGCGUGGGAACAUGUCAGCAACACACACAAGCUCCCAAAACAACUCAUCAAAACGUGCUAGUACUCCAAAAGCAAAGCGUUCUCACUUUUCAGCCAAGAAAUCCACUUUUGUAGUGCACCCGCACACUGACACAUUGGAGUGCUUGUCCUGAUGUUGAAGGACGGGUAGAUGAUUCUCCACAUUCCCUCUUGCUUUCACUCUUUUGUGAGUUUACUGAGAUGACUCAUGAGUCCUUUAUUUGGACAAACUUACUGCCUCUUUAAAUGGCUUCUGGGUUCAUUGAAAGGAUGGAUGGAUGGCAGUGGUGAGCUUCACCCUUAAUGGAUGACUAUAAACUCGUCAUUUUGUGAUUUAUAAAGCAGCCGUCUGGGAGGAGGAGAAAACGGUUCCUUUCUUUUGCAUCUCCAGCAUUAUUGAUCUGUUCAAUCCCAGUGAAGCCCUCGGUCUGCUUAACACUGAGGUGAUGCCAGGACACCACGACGGGCUCCUCGAAGGUGAACUCGCUCGUGACCCCGCCCGCAGCCUCCCUCCUCACAUCUUCCUUUGCUUCCUCUCCCUUCUGCCGCCUCCUCGUCACCAUGUCCCACCUUGCUUCACCCGCCCCCUUCCUCCUCCUCUUGGUCCUCUUCCUGUCCCCGCUGCCACCCUGCCGGUCAGAGUCCCAGCGCGGUGCGGCGGGCAGCGACCCGGAAACCCGAAUGGUCUCCGCCUCCAUGCUGCCCUCUUCUCUGCCUUCCAUCGGACCGCAUGGGAACAGCAGCGGGCCCAGACGCGGCAAGUGUGAUGAUGUGACGGUUUGCAAACCCGGCAUCCUGCUGCCAGUUUGGCAGCCCAACAGACCCGGGAUCGGAGACCAGGUGGCCAGAGCCGUGGUCUACUUUGUGUCGCUCAUGUACAUGUUCCUGGGCGUGUCUAUCAUCGCAGACCGCUUCAUGGCGUCCAUUGAGGUCAUCACAUCACAGGAGAAGGAAGUGACCAUCACGCUGCCCAAUGGGGAAACAUCAGUGGCAACAGUUCGAAUCUGGAAUGAAACGGUGUCUAAUCUGACACUCAUGGCUCUGGGUUCCAGCGCCCCAGAGAUCCUGCUGUCUGUCAUAGAGGUGUGUGGCCACAAAUUCAAGGCAGGCGAGUUGGGGCCGGGAACCAUCGUUGGGAGCGCCGCCUUCAACAUGUUUGUGAUUAUCGGCAUCUGCGUGUGGACCAUCCCCAAAGGCCAGGUGCGCAAGAUCAAACACCUCAGGGUGUUCUUCAUAACCGCCUUCUGGAGCAUCUUCGCCUACAUCUGGCUCUACCUCAUCCUGUCCGUCAUGUCGCCCGGCAUUGUGGAGGUGUGGGAGGCCUUGGUGACGCUGCUCUACUUCCCAGUGUGCGUCCUCCUGGCUUGGGUUGCCGACCGUCGCUUGCUCUUCUAUAAGUACAUGGGCAAGCGGUACCGCGCCGACAAACGCCACGGCAUCGUCGUGGAGAUGGAGGGAGAUCUGACGCCCAACAAGGGUGGCGCGGAAAUGAUCACUGACGGCAAGUUCCCGUCACGAGGGGGCACCGUGGUGCCGGCUGAGAACUGCGGAAAUGGGGACGGCGGCGCGGGGGUGGGCAUCAAUAACAUUGGCGUGGCAGCAGGGUCCACGUCGACAGGGGCCGGGGGAAACCUGCCCAACUCCAGCAGCGCUAUGGUCAACGCGGAGAGCAGUCGGGAGCUCGAUGAGAGUCGCAAGGAGGUCAUUCGCAUCCUGAAAGAGCUGAAGCAGAAGUAUCCCGACAAAGAACUGGACCAGCUGGUGGAGCUGGCCAACUACUAUGCGCUGCUUCACCAACAAAAGAGCCGAGCCUUCUACCGCAUUCAGGCCACUCGCAUGAUGAUCGGAGCCGGUAACGUUCUGAAGAAACACGCCGCCGACCACGCUCGCCGCACUGUUGUCACCGACGAGGAAGCGCCAGAAGAUGACGACCUGGCCGUGUGCAGCCGUAUCUCCUUUGAAAGCGCUCACAGUCAGUGCAUGGAAAACUGUGGCGUCCUGACGCUGGCUGUCGUCUGCCAAGGUGGGCUGGGAGAGAACACGUUCUACGUGGAUUACAGGACCGAGGACGGGUCGGCCAACGCUGGAUCAGAUUACGAGUACAGCGAAGGAACUCUGGUGUUCAAACCUGGAGAGACCCUGAAAGAAAUGAAGGUUGGAAUCAUCGACGACGACAUCUUCGAGGAGGACGAGCACUUCUUUGUGCGCCUGCUCAACCUGCGCGUCGGCGACGCAGAGGGGAUGUUUGAGAGCGACGAGGCGGGCGCCACCCCCAAAGCUCGCCUGGUGGAGCCCCUGGUCGCCACGGUCACCAUCCUGGACGACGACCACGCCGGCAUCUUCACCUUCAGCGAACGCAUGGUGCGGGUGAGCGAGAGCGUGGGCACCAUGGAGGUGACGGUGGUGCGCAACUCGGGCGCCCGCGGCACGGUCAUCCUGCCGUACCACACAGAGUCGGGCACGGCGAAGGCCGGAGAGGACUUUGAGGAUGCGCAAGGCGAGCUGGAGUUCACUAACGACCAGACGACUCAAACGCUCCAGGUGAGGAUAAUCGAUGACGAAGAAUAUGAGAAACAUGAAAACUUCUUCAUCGUCUUGGAGGAGCCACGCUGGCUGAAGAGAGGGAUCUCAGCUCUGCUGCUCAGCCAAGAGGGGGCAGAAGGGCAGCUGAGUGCGGAGGAGGAGGAGGCCCGACGGAUCGCUGAGAUGGGAAAGCCCAUCCUCGGGGAGCACAGUCGCCUGGAGGUGGUCAUCGAGGAGUCCUACGAGUUCAAGAGCACCGUCGACAAGCUCAUUAAAAAGACCAACUUGGCGCUGGUCAUUGGCACGCACUCCUGGAGGGAGCAGUUUGUGGAGGCGGUCACCGUGAGCGCAGGUGACGGCGACGAUGAUGAGGAGGGCCGCGAGGAGCGCCUCCCGUCCUGCUACGACUACGUCAUGCACUUCCUCACAGUCUUCUGGAAGGUUCUGUUCGCCUGCGUGCCCCCCACCGAGUACUGGAACGGUUGGGCCUGCUUCUGUGUCUCCAUCAGCGUCAUAGGCCUCCUCACCGCCAUCAUCGGAGACUUGGCGUCGCACUUUGGCUGUACGGUGGGACUCCGGGACACGGUGACUGCUGUGGUGUUUGUGGCUCUCGGGACGUCCAUUCCAGACACGUUUGCCAGCAAAGUGGCCGCAAUACAAGACCAGCAUGCCGACGCCUCUGUCGGAAACGUCACAGGAAGCAACGCCGUCAAUGUCUUCCUAGGAAUCGGCGUGGCGUGGUCAGUGGCCGCCGUCUACUGGAAGAUCCAGGGGAAGCCGUUCAAGGUGGAGCCGGGCUCGCUGGCCUUCUCCGUCACGCUCUUCACCAUCUUUGCUUUCAUUUCCAUGGCUGUGCUCUUGUUCCGACGCCGGCCCUCCAUCGGCGGGGAGCUAGGCGGCCCCCGGGUGUCCCGCAUCCUGACCAGCCUGCUCUUCCUGGGCCUGUGGUUCCUCUACAUCCUCUUCUCCAGCCUGGAGGCAUACUGCCACAUUACGGGCUUCUAGGCAGGAGACGGCCAAGACAACGUGAUUCUACAGCAACACACACACACUUUGACACGCUCAACAUGCUACACGUGUAGGUUAAGAGGGCUUCUUGAUGCACACUCGCACACACGCACACACACAACAAGCAUGCAUGUAUAAAGUGAUGAUAGCAAACGCGGGUAAAAGGAGGUUUAUCAAUGGUGAGAAGAGCAAAGUGAGCGUUGACGUGGGUGCUGAUGAAGGUCGUAUCAGAGGAUAAUUCUGCUGUCGGGAAUGUGUUUGACCAAGAACACCCACCCCCCCUCCUCCUCUGCAUGACCUCUGGAACCACAAAGGAGGCGCAAUGGAGUCGAAUGUUUACAGUGACUUUGUUUACUGCACGGGAAGAAGCUUGUUAAGUGUUUACACGGCUAAUGGACGGCUCAGAGGAAGGCACUUCUCCACAGACGCUGUAAAUAGAACCGCACAUCUACAGCCGGUCGCCCGCUGCUGUUUGUCGGGGGUGGGGUGGGGGGGCAUCCAACAUGCAAACCAUCAAUGGGUGGAAUCUAAGUGUCACUGCAGGCUUCGUCAUCAUCCUGCGCGGUUUCCAUUGUCACCAUAUCCUGAAAGCAUGUGUAGCCAUCCUCACCUCAUAUGUAAAGUGGAAUUGUACUGUAAAUGAUCAUCUUUGCAUUAGUGCGCUUGUGUGUGUGUGUGUGUGUGUGAGUGUGUGUGUUUACAGCCAUGGCAAUUAAGAGUCCUAGUGGGGCCAAUAAUCCACUCAACAUGUCCUCACGUGACAUGCCGCACAGUUCUGAUUGGUUCCUCAAUGCCUGCAAGUAGGAGUAGAACCCAGGGUGGCUUGUUCGGAUGUACACUAUUUAAUCAGUUCUCGUACGUCUAGUGGUGUUUUACUACUCUAUUUUCCAGAGUAAAAGUCGUGAAGAGUGGCAUUUAGCCAUAUUUAUCGUCAGAGCUAGCUUUUUUUUAGGCAUGUCAUAGCGCCACUAACAACAUUACAUUCACAACAGAAGAGGCGGGGGCAAUCGAAAGCUCCAAAAGCUGAGCCUUCAGUGGGGACUUCAGCAACGUAGCCCACCUCUUAUAACACUGCUAUCACGUGACAAUUAUACAAAGCAUCAAUAACAUACAAAAACACAACACAACAAUCUGUUGCAUUACACAAAAAACUCCAGACUACACCGAAAUCAACCAAUGAGAGGAUGGAAAAAUGCAAAAGUGUGUGUAUUUGACAUGGGCCACCACUCCUGAUUGUGAAGGCCUUGGGCAGAUUACAUUGACAUGGUAACACAUUACCACAUAACCUCUGUGUUAUACUGUAUAUACUGUAUAAAUACAGACUCCAAAGCAGAAGCGUAUUAGAAAGUAUUCCGUAACAAAGCAUGUCCGGAAUGCUCUGUAUCUUUCAAUUUGUGUGCCUAACUGCAUCACAAACUCAACUCAAUGAAUUAUUACAGCCACUAGGUGUCGCUAAAACACACACCCACCGACCCACAUUAAUUUAAAAGUUAAAUUACAGUAAUCCCUUGUUCAUUGCAGUUAAUUUGGUUUUCAUGAAUACCUGUCUAUGACUUUCUAAAUAUAAUCUGUAUCAUCAUUACAGCCCCGUAGAUAUCAAAUAUCACUCCUGUAGUCACGUUUGCGUCCCUGUUAUUCUUUAUUUAUACCACAUUGCUCAACUGUAAUGCGCAAGAUCACUUCAGGGACACAAGAGAAGGCCAUGGCUUUAGCCAUCAGCAAGCUUGCGAGCUAACUGGUUAGCCUCCAAUUUAUUGAACUACUUAAGAAAGGAUUUCAGAUGAGGAAAGAAGGACAAAGUUAAAAGCCAAAAAAUACCACAUCCACACGGAAUGGGAGGAGAACUUCUUUUCACUCUGUGUCGGACAGGUGAUGGCUGACGAAAACGCAGCGAGACUGUAGUCAUUUGUCAAUAGUAGAACGUUACUGAUACCUAGUGGCCAGAACACUGCGUAUAGCUUUGUCCUUCAAUAUUUUUUGACAAAUAAUAUGCCAUAGUCAACCAUGAAACAGUCAUCAUUUAUUAAUUAAUAAAGCGGGAGUGCUGGAGCCUAUCCCAGCUGCCUUCAGGCGAGAGGCGGGGUACACCCUGGACAGGUCGGUAGCCAAUCACAGGGCACAUAUAGACAAACAACCAUUCACACUCACAUUCAUACCUAUGGACAUUUAGAGUUGCCAAUUAACCUAGCAUGUUUUUGGAAUGUGGGAGGAAACCGGAGUACCCGGAGAAAACCCACGCAUGCACGGGGAGAACAUGCAAACUCCACACAGACUCUAUAUAUAUUUUUUGAUAUAAUAUAAAGUGCUGAAGCCAAAAUCAGUAUGCAGAUCUUCCUUCUGAGGCGACUCCAAAAUCAGGAAAAAGCGGAAAGAAACACUAAAAUAGCUUGCAGGACCAGCUUUAAAAUUAAAAAAAGACUGACUUAGACUUAGACUCUGGAAAAUACAGUAUUGGCCACUAGAGUUGUAGGCUGAGUAGAAUAAUGCAGCCUUUUCUAGCAGAUAAGUGCUGCGCAGUAUUGCACAGGAGGGCUAGAAAGUAAAUUCAAAUGUUUGCACGAUACCAACAACAACAGGCAGACAUGCAAGACGAAGGACAAGAUAUGCAGUUGUAGUUCCACACACACAAAAGCAAACUAUGAGCAGUGUGCAAAGUCUUUGCACAAAGAGUUGAGUAUGAGCCCAGACUAGAAGCAACAUUCGUGCAGCACAGUUCUCCGUGUCGUCUUUUACUGUAAUAGUCUACAUUCGUUACAUCCCAACACGGACGUUGACUACAUAGCGUCAACAUUUUGUCUUUCGGACAAUUAAGUGCUGUACAAGCGUGAUUUGUGCUCAGUGACAUCAGAAACAUUCAAUUCAUUUUGCCUGAGCAAAGCCAACUUUGUAACCUUUCUAGGGCUAAUUUUGUAUAUUUUCCUCGCAGAUACAACAAUUUUUUUUUGUACAGUACUUCUAAACAAACGUUUAGAGUGGUCUCAGUGUCCACAAACACAAGUGGAGUUUACAUGACUUCGUUACUGACUUAAGUCGAUUAGAUUUUGAUACUGCGCCAUCAUAACCGAGCGUAUCAUCAAAUUUAUGGAACUAAUUGUGUGUGCUGACUGCUGUUUGAGUUGAAGAGCAUUUAUUUAGAUAUUUAUUUAUGUCCAUGAAGAAAUAAGCUGUGCCGCAGGUCCUUGAUUUCAAUGUGCAAUACAGAAAACAUGUCCGUCUCUAUUAGCUUCGACAUAAGGUCGUCUUCUCCGUCUGUGCCAGUGUUUGUCGCUCUUCAUCCUAGAACGGAGGAGCUGUUUUCGAGUGUACGUAGCAUGUUUACAUGAAGAAACAGUGUGGAACGUUGGCAGAUUCGAUUGACAGACCUGGAAGAGGUUUUCCAAGUGUCAACACUGGCCAGCCAAUGUUCCGUGUUUCCAUUAACUUCUUUACUGUUUGGCUACGGCCUUUGCUGUUCUCUAGUUAGAUGUGCUACUCCCUACCCUUUCCCAAGUGUGUGCGUGUUUGCGUUCUCUCCAUGUUCCUCUACAGCUGCAUGACCACCCCCAUGUAUGUGUUUUUAGCAGCAUGUGAAGGAUGUUUUAUAGGUUCUCUGCCAUCCCAACAUCAGAGGGUGGUUAAAAUACACAAGUGAGACCAAUUAUCAGUCUUUUGCCUUUGGGGAACUGUCAAAAUAAGAGCCCCCACUGUUGGGGUAUUGAGGCAACUUUUCUGAGCGAUGUUGCCGAUCUUUGUUUGAUUGUUGUACGAUAUCUCUGUGUUGUAUUUGUGUUCCCUGUCUUCUUCUCCUCCUGUCUCGUUCUUCUGUGUCUUUGUGUGAACAUUUCUCUCUGCCUGAACCUUUACAGAGAAAAACAACAAUGACAUGUGUUUGACAUUUAACUCAUUAACUCAGAAUAAUGUUUUAUAUCAAAUGUAUAAAAAAUAAUUUUAAAAAUGACGCUUGUUUUCAGAACAUGGCAUGAGGUAUAAUGUGUUACUGAAAGAAAACAGGUCUUUAAUCAAGAGAAGUUGACCUUAUUUGAAUAUAUUUUAUUUAUUUUC